AGGGAUAUCUGACAAAGCCAACGUUUACCCCUCAAGGCUGCUUAGCCACAUUGGUCUGCACGGCUCAAGCUACUUACCAGCCAACAGUCAUGGCUCCUGGACUCAUUCUGCGGAUUUCCUUGAUUUGUAUAUUUUUGUUUGGCUGCAGUGCUGUAUCACCAACUAAUAAAGUGCCUGCCUUGCAUAACUACGGUGAUGACGACGAAGCGAUGUUUUCUGAGUUCGUCGAUCAGAGUAACUGGCAGACAAAUAACAAACCGGCCGCCCCGGUUUCCACAAACAGGCCCUCGGUUACCUAUGGGCCCGUCCCGUUCCAAUCACCAAAAAAACAGCCCAACGCACCACGUUCUGCGGAGAUGGUGAGACUUCAUAACGGUCGCCCAAGAGACUGGAGCCGGGAGAACCCCGACGCGAGCCUUCUGUUUCCUUUAAGCCCCAACUCCCAGAAGAGCGAUCCGGGGAAGCCUCAGCCGGGCCGUGUGAUCAAAUAUCCGUCAGAGGGCACUCUGCCGUCUUCACAUGCAGCCACGCCGACUGGCAACGAUGAGGACCUAAGCAAGGGCUCUUCACCCUCCCCCACCCCACAAAAGGGCUCGUUUGCUGGUAACCCGUAUUAUGGGCCAGUCGGGACCAUCUAUCCAGUUUCGCUGGGAAGCCCCUCUGUUGGCCUGUCCGGAGGCAAGCGCGGCCCAAGCCCCGGCUUCAGUCCGCCUCGUAACCGGCCACCAAAACCCGUUCCCGCCACCCAGACGGCGAGCGAACAGCCUCCUCCUCCUCCUCCCACUUCCCCUCCUGUCAGUCCACGCAUCAUCGUCCAGUCCAGAAACGGAUACCAGCGAGCCAGUUAUCUCCAGAGCAAGUCCAGGUACUCUCCACAAGUCCACCCUUCAGCGCCUGAAGAACCCUCAAAAGGAUGAGUGGCGAACUACUUGGCUCAUAUGUCCCCAGUAGCAGAUUGAUGUGCCCCCAAAAAAGAACUAAUAAACUUUUGGAAUUUA